AUGGCCGAUGGAACCCCCAACAGGGCCUCGAAGAUAGAGGCACCCGAAAGCCGCAAGAUCCCAUUCUUUCGCCUGGUUUUUGACCAGGGCGUCGUCACGCAAGAAGUUUUUGACUACAAAUAUGCUGGAUCCGGCACGGAAGAAGAUCCCUACGCUGUCGUCUGGAUCCCCAAUGAUCCCCGAAACCCCCAGGAUUUCUCGCAGACUCUGAAAUGGUUCAUCACAGGAGCCGCCGCCAUUGCUACCUUGGCAGUUGCCCUGGUGUCGUCCGCGUAUACAGGUGGUGUUGCAGAGAUUGAAGCCGAGUUUGGCAUUGGCAGCGAGGUUGCGACUCUAGGUGUUUCUCUUUUUGUUCUCGGUUUCGCCAUCGGACCUCUGCUUUGGGCUCCCCUCAGUGAGAUGUUUGGUCGUCAGAUUAUCUACUUCUUCACCUACCUAGCGCUUACGGCAUUCAACUGUGGAUGCGCAGGUGCUAAGAACUCCUGGACCUUGAUCAUCCUUCGCUUCUGGGCCGGAGCUUUCGGUUCCUCGCCCCUUACCAACGCGGGUGGUGUGAUUGCGGAUAUGUUUGCUGCUAAGCAGAGAGGUAUUGCCAUGAGCUUGUUCGCUGCUGCUCCAUUCCUAGGUCCCGUUCUCGGCCCCAUUAUUGGUGGAUUCCUCGGUAUGAACGCUGGUUGGAGAUGGGUGAUGGGAUUCUUGGGCGCUUUCUCUGGUGCUCUUUGGAUCGGUGGAUCGCUUUUCAUUCCCGAGACAUAUGCGCCUGUUCUCCUGCGUCGCCGCGCUGAAAAGUUGUCCAAGCUCUCUGGCAAAGUAUACCGAAGCAAGAUGGAUAUUGAUCAGGGUAGGACUUCGCUUGGUGAGGCUUUCAAGACUGCUCUCUCUCGGCCCUGGAUCCUACUAUUCCGCGAGCCCAUCGUCUUCUUGCUGUCUCUGUACAUGGCCAUCGUUUAUGGAACCCUGUACAUGCUUUUCGCCGCCUACCCCAUCGUUUUCCAAGGGACCCGCGGCUGGAACCAAGGUAUCGGCGCGCUUCCCUUCCUGGGCAUUAUGGUUGGAAUGCUCUUCGCCGUUGCAUACAGCAUCUGGGAUAACAAGAGGUACGUGCGGGCCCAAGACGCGCAUGAUGGGUUUGCUCCUCCCGAGGCACGCCUCCCUCCGUGCAUGGUGGCCUGUGUUGCUAUCCCCAUUGGUCUGUUCUGGUUCGCGUGGACCAACUACCCCUCUGUUCACUGGAUGGCCUGUAUCGCUGCCGGUGUUCCUUUUGGUUUCGGCAUGGUUCUCGUGUUCCUGAGCAUCAUGAGUUACCUUAUCGAUACCUACACGAUUUUUGCCGCCUCUGUCCUCGCCGCCAACUCGGUUCUGCGUUCGAUUUUCGGUGCCGUCUUCCCUCUCUUUACUUCUUACAUGUAUCAAGACCUCGGUAUCCACUGGGCUUCUUCGAUUCCAGCGUUCCUCGCCCUUGCCUGCGUGCCAUUCCCCUUCCUCUUCUACAAGUACGGCAAGCCGAUCCGUCUGCGUUGCAAAUAUGCCGCCCAGUCCGAGGCGUUCAUGCGUAAGAUGCAGCAGAUUACGCAGCGGUCCGAGCCCGAAGCCGAGGAGCGCGAAAAGGAAGGAGAAGGAGAAGACCUCGAAAAAUUCGACCGCACCGAAGCACCCGCUCCUGAUCUUGGUGAUGAGGAUGUGAGUUCUGAAGCUGAUUCCAAUGUUGAAGAGCUCCCAUCAAUGCGACAGAUCCGAAGCAAGGCCUCGGCCCGGUCGGUCGCGUCUCACAGAUCGCACAUGUCGCUGUACGAGGGCAACCCUUACGAUAUCGACCGUGUCAACACGCGCGAGUCCUUCAAAAAAUAG